AUGCCUUACCUGGUGAGGGAGGACCUUUAUAUCGGCAAGAUCGAUGACGCUGCGGAUAUCCUAAUGAAAGGCACAGGAGAGAUCACCCACGUCCUUUCUCUCCUCAGCUCUGCCGCCAUCUCAUUCUUCUCGGAUUGGAAGUCGAGCGUCUCGAUCCCGAGCCAGGAGAUACGUAAGGUCUUUGCCGGUGAAUCUGGGAGGCCAUCUUGCUCAGAUGAUGAAGCCGACGUUUCCCCAAGGAAGGCGGUCUCCCAAGGGAAGCUCAUGUACUCACUUGAGCUGGCAGGUCCCGGAAUGAAGAUUGUGAGGUUGGCGGUGCCUCUAAGGGAUAUGGAGGAGGAAAACCUACUGGACCGUCUAGACAUCUGUCUCGACUUCAUUGAAAAAGGCAGGAAGGAGGGUUCCAUUCUGGUGCAUUGCUUUGCUGGUGUUUCGAGAAGGUACAUGAACUAUUUUUUCUGCCGAAGUUUUGAUUUUGUGGGUAAAUCUCUGAGUCCUAUUGACUAUCCAGAUUUCAUAGGUUAUCCAAUAAGAAUUACAUGACUAGCUACAGAACGUAGGAGACACGAGCUCGGUUUAUUCAUCUUGUUUUUUCCUUAAAAUUCGCCGAAUAAUCUUGAUGAAUUGUUUGAUUAGGUAAAGAUUAUCUUGUUUUCCCAGAAAAAUUGUCGAUGAAUCUUGAUGGAGUGGCCUCUAUUUCUUGGGUGACUCGGGAAAUGUAAUUUAUGAAUGGGUAUGGGUCUUGUUCGAAAUGGAAUGGGCUACUUUUUCUUUCUCGUAAAUGUUAAUAUAAUUACAUAUUUAUGUUAUAGUACGCCUGGUCCGAAUCUGCAUAUCUAUGUUUCACCCCCUAACUAUUGCAGAAAGCCUAGUUCACUCCCCAUAAACUCUUUCUUUUGCUGCAAAUUAUAACGCUUCACCUCUGUUCUUCUCUUCUGUUCUAGACUGAUGUGGGUAUAGAGGCUUGUUCCCCUUUUUCCUGAUGUCACAAACUCUUUUUUUUAUGCUGCAAGUUUAUCGAUCAAAUGAGAACUUGUUAGUUCUGGUGCAUGAAAUUAAUUGCCUCACGUUAUGCAUUUAUUUCUUUAAAUGGCGCAAUACUCACCAGAGGGUAACGAAGUAAAAUCUUGUUUAUUCAUCAUUUUAUUUCGCCAAUUUUUAGAUUGACUUAAAAUUAAGGUUUACAUGCUCCUCCCCUUUUGUUUUUUUGUUUUUUUGUGCAGCGCAGCCGUCGUUACAGCGUAUCUAAUGAAAUCUGAACAAAAAUCUCUAGAAGGUUACAAAACGUUUUUCCUUUGAGCUAACAGUCCUGCCUCUACCAUUCAUAUUUAUCUCCUUCCACCUGUGUGCAGACGCUCUCGAAUCCCUGGAGCAAGUCUGUGAAUUUGUUUGCCCGAAUGAUGGCUUCAAGGAUCAGGUGGGUGAUCAUCUUAUACCUGCAUAUAGUAUGAUUGAAAUUUCUUGAUUUCUUUGGUUCUGAAUUUAUUCUUCAUUUGUCUUAUUCAGUUAAAAAUGUUUGAGGAUAUGGGCUUCAAGGUAGACCCUGCCAGCUCCAUCUAUAAGCGCUUUAGGUUGAAGGUACUUGGUGAGUUUCCUCUCCCUCCUCGACUUGAUGGUCGCACCAAUCUAUUGCUACAUACUUGAUGCGCCAUUCCAUUUCAUCAGCCUGUCGGACCUACUAAUGCCAUGCACUUUCCUAAGUCAGAAUAAAGAAAGAGACGAUAGUAGAAGGAUGGGUGGGGAAUCCUACAUAGUGAACUGAAUAAUCUUAUACAAGUGGUGUUUAGCUACCCAGAAGCCUUCAUCUUCUUGCUGUCUUAAUAUGAUACGUGAUACGUGAUAAUAACUCUCUCUCUCUCUCUCUCUCUCACGCAGAUAGGUGUAAAUGGAAGGCCCAGCCUAGGCUCCACCAUUUGAAUAUUUUAUGAUCAUGCACCCGUAACUCAAAGAUCAUAACAUCACUCUAAUAUAUUCCUGGACGGUUUCAGGUGAUUCCUAUAACCGAGGUCACAAGAUUGACAGCUCCAUCUUCGGGGCCGACCCUGGGCUCCCUCCGCUGUCAAGCCUUCCGGAGGCUGCCCCCAAGCAGAAUGUGCCGGCCAAGGCCUACCGCUGCAAGAAGUGCAGAAGGGUGGUGGCCCUGCAGGAAAACGUGGUCGGCCACACCCCUGGCGAGGGCGAGGCUUGCUUUGGGUGGCAAAAGAGGAGAAGCGGCAACCCCUUCAACAGGCGCGGCGAGUCGGAUUGCUCCUCCAUAUUUGUCGAGCCUCUGCGGUGGAUGACCGAAGGUGAGGUUCAUCGAACCCAGUCUACAGUUUCUCCAUGGCUAAGUUUUCCGCAGAGCUGCCAAUAGGCCAGCAUCCCUAACCAAUGUCGUAAAUCAUGUUCAAACUGGCCCCAGAUCCUCAAAACCCUUGCCUCUCUUGGAUCAUAUACGUACGCAUAUAUAUAUAUAUAUAUAUAUAUAUAUAUAUAUAUAUAUAUGUAUGUAUGUAUUUGUAACUAUAGCUAGGAGGGAUUGUGUUAUGAAGCUAUGGGAUAUCUGUCAUUUGUUGUGUCUGAUGUCUCAUUCUGGAAAUGGCAGUGGAGGGAGGCGGGCUGGAGGGGAAACUCUCCUGUAUCCACUGUGAAGCACGGCUGGGUUACUUCAACUGGUCUGGCAUCCAGUGCAGCUGUGGCAGCUGGAUCACUCCUGCCUUUCAGAUUCACAAGAACCGAGUUGAUGUCAGCACCGUCUGA